AUGUUCCCAUUUCAAGCUUUGUAUGGCUAUCUUCCACCUCACUUAGCUUUUUCAUCAACUGUCGCCACUUCUGUUGUUGAAGUUGAAUCUUAUUUAAAGCAAAGGGAUGAUGUGCUUUCUAUACUUAAAGAUUCUCUCCACAAAUCUCAAGAGAGAAUGAAAAGAAACUUGAAACUUGCUGCCAAAUACUAUGGACCAUUUGAGAUAGUACAAAAAAUUGGUCUAGUUGCAUACAAGAUACAGUUGCCAGCAGAAGAACGAAUUCAUCAUGUCUUCCAUGUAUCCCAGCUGAAGCAGCAUGUUGGUACCACUCACAUACCUUCUCCUGCACUACCUGUUCUAGAUACAGAUGGACAGUUUCUUGUCAUACCUGCAACUGCUCUGGCCUCAAGAACUUCUGCGUAA